AUGGAGGAAAUAGUAGAAGGGGACGGGUCGGGUGCGGGCAGAUACACGCUGAGACCAACGAGGCUAAGCAACGAGGACAUUCUGUUCUGUAUAGAUGUUGACCCAGAGUCUAUGGUGGAGAUGAAAGCCGCGAUGAGCCCAAAUGGGCGACCUUUAACCCGCUUGGACUCGAUCAAGCAAGCCAUACUUGUCUUCAUCAACGCCAAGCUCACCAUCAACCCAGAGCACCGAUUCGCCUUUGCCUGUCUCGGAAAAUCCGCGUCUUGGCUUCGGAAAGAGUUUAGCAGUGAAGUCGAUUCUGCUAUUGCUGCAUUUCGAGUACUCUCAGCUACUUCAUCUUCUAGUAAUGCAGAUCUUACCAGUCUAUUUCGAGUAGCAGCUCAUGAAGCAAAGAAAUCUCGUGCUCAAAACAGACUUUUAAGGGUGAUUCUUAUUUACUGUAGAUCAUCUGUAAGACCAAAUCAUCAAUGGCCUGUGAACCAGAAACUCUUCACUCUGGAUGUAGUUUACCUUCACGACAAGCCUGGACCUGACAACUGCCCUCAAGAGGUCUAUGAUUCACUUGUGGAUGCCCUGGAACUUGUUAGCGAAUAUGAGGGCUACAUCUUGGAGAGCGGUCAGGGAUUAACUCGAGUUCUCUUCCGUUACAUGUGUAUGCUGCUAUCACACCCUCAGCAGCGUUGCCCACAAGACCAUCUGGACAUACCUAAGCCUCUUGCGAAAAAGUUGCCGGCAGCAGACUCAACGACUACUGAUGAUAGUAUUGUAACUGUAUCCGGCAUAUCAGAAGUUCAGAACAUUAGAAAUUAA